ACUAAAGCAAUAAUGUUUUCUACUAUAAAUUUAAUUGAUGGAUGCUGCUUACUCAAUAAAAAAAGUCUAUCAAGUUAAUUGCAAAAAUUGAAAACACUACUUUUUUAUUUCUUUUUGGGAAUGAGGAAUUACAGCUCAUUACUUGUCUUGGUGCUAAUUUUGAUUAUAGUUUUGAAUCUUGUUCGAGCUAGUAGUGAUGAAAGCAAGGUUCAUGUAGUGUAUCUUGGUGAAAAGCAACAUGAUGAUCCUGAGUUUGUCACAGAAUCUCAUCACCAGAUGUUGUUGUCACUUCUUGGAAGUAAAGCGGAUGCACAUGAUUCGAUGGUGUACAGUUACCGACAUGGCUUUUCAGGCUUUGCUGCCAAGCUUACCGACUCACAAGCCAAGAAACUUGCUGAUUCUCCUGAAGUUGUUCAUGUCAUGGCUGAUAGUUUCUAUGAACUUGCGACAACUCGGACUUGGGACUACUUAGGUCUUUCUGCUGCUAAUCCUAUUAACCUCCUAAAUGAUACAAACAUGGGUGACCAAGUUAUCAUAGGCUUUAUUGACACAGGAGUGUGGCCAGAGUCUGAAUCGUUUAACGACAAUGGUGUUGGACCAAUACCGAGCCAUUGGAAAGGAGGGUGUGAACCAGGAGAAAAGUUCAUAUCAACAAACUGCAACAGAAAGCUCAUAGGAGCCAAGUACUUUAUCAACGGGUUUCUAGCUGAAAACAAAGGAUUCAACUCCACAGAAUCACGUGACUACAUUUCCGCUAGAGACUUUAUUGGACAUGGCACACACACCUCAUCUAUUGCAGGUGGUUCAUUUGUUCCUAACAUAAGCUACAAAGGACUUUCUGGUGGAAACUUGAGAGGUGGCGCACCGCGUGCUCGCGUAGCAAUAUACAAGGCUUGUUGGUAUGUGGAUCAACUAGGUGCAGUGGCUUGUUCAUCUUCAGACAUCUUGAAAGCAAUGGAUGAAGCUAUGCACGAUGGUGUUAAUGUUUUAUCACUCUCUCUCGGCGCUCAAAUUCCUCUGUAUCCUGAAACAGACUUGCGUGAUAGGAUUGCUACUGGAGCGUUCCAUGCAGUAGCAAAAGGCAUCAUAGUUGUUUGUGCAGGUGGGAACUCUGGCCCAGCGGCUCAGACCGUGUUAAACACGGCUCCAUGGAUCUUAACCGUGGCUGCAACUACUCUGGAUCGGUCCUUUCCCACACCUAUUACCCUAGGGAACCGCAAAGUGAUACUGAGUCAAGCACUGUACACAGGUCAAGAACUCGGCUUCACCAGUUUGGUUUACCCAGAGAUUGCAGGGAACACCAAUGAGACCUUUAGCGGUGUCUGUGAGCGCCUUGAUCUCAACCCAAACCGUACGAUGGCAGGGAAAGUUGUGUUGUGUUUCACAACAAAUACACUCUUUAGUGCUGUAUCGAGAGCUGCCUCUUAUGUAAAAGCAGCCGGUGGUCUUGGCGUGAUCGUCGCAAGAAAUCCAGGUUACAAUCUUACUCCAUGUAGAGAUGAUUUCCCAUGUGUAGCCAUUGAUUACGAGCUAGGGACAGAUGUACUUCUCUACAUACGCUCCACUAGAUCACCUGUUGUGAAGAUACAACUUUCUAGAACACACGUUGGACAACCUGUGGGGACAAAGGUGGCUACAUUCUCAUCAAGAGGACCUAACUCGAUCUCCCCAGCGAUCCUCAAACCAGACAUAGGGGCACCAGGAGUGAGCAUAUUAGCUGCUACAUCACCUGACUCCAAUUCUAGUGUUGGUGGAUUUGAUAUUCUUGCGGGAACAUCAAUGGCUGCUCCAGUUAUUGCAGGAGUUGUUGCACUUCUUAAAGCUUUGCAUCCUAAUUGGUCUCCUGCUGCCUUUAGAUCAGCUAUUGUCACUACAGCUUGGAGAACAGAUCCAUUUGGAGAGCAAAUUUUUGCAGAAGGAUCAUCUCGAAAAGUUGCUGAUCCAUUUGAUUACGGUGGAGGAAUUGUGAACCCUGAGAAAGCUUCAGACCCUGGUCUCAUCUAUGACAUGGGAACACAAGACUACAUUCUCUACUUAUGUUCUGCUGGUUACAACGACUCAGCUAUAUCUCAGCUUGUUGGUAAAGUAACAGUCUGCUCAAACCUUAAACCUUCCGUUCUUGAUGUCAACUUGCCUUCAAUCACCAUCCCAAACCUUAAAGACGAGGUCACUCUCACCAGAACCGUCACUAACGUUGGACUAGCGGACUCGGUCUACAAAGUCGUGGUAGAGCCUCCGCUUGGGAUUCGGGUGGCUGUGACACCAGAGACACUAGUGUUUAACUCCAAAACAAAUAGUGUCCCCUUCACAGUUCGUGUCUCGACCACACACAAAAUCAACACUGGAUUCUUCUUUGGAAGCUUGAUGUGGACAGAUUCUAUUCAUAAUGUAACUAUUCCCGUGUCUGUGAGAACGCAGCUUCUGCAAAACUAUUACGAUGAGAACUAAAAUGAUUCUUAUUAACGUGAAUACAUUGUUUUAAGCAAUCAUCUUCUUUCUUGUGCAUGUGUUAAUAAAUUUAAGAAGAAGACGCGAGACAGUGGAUUUGUCUUUUGCUUUCA